GCUCCGGACCUGAGCACGGCUCUUCCUGCUUUGGAUCAAAUCUCGCAAGAUGGUGUUGAAAUCUCACGGCGGACUGAGCUGAACAAUGACAGCUGUCACCCGAGAGCCGGGGCUCCUCACAGCCGACAUGACGUGAGAGGUCCCAGGCCAGUCAGCAUACUUCCAGAUCCUGAGUCUUGUAUAAUGACCCGAGGAGAGAGAUGAUACCAGACCCCACAGCUGCAGCUGCUUCCAGGCCCUCAGGGCAGAAUGAAAACUCAGGUGUUGAGACCAACUCUGCUGGAGCUGUCAAUCAUUCAGGGGACGAGUCUGGGAAUGAGAAUAGACAGAAGAGUGUGAGGGGAAGGAAAAGGCCGCGCGAGGGCUCAGAGAACGUCAAGCGCAGCCAUGCCAGAGCCAGCCGAGCCGGUGUUAGCAGAGCGGGGGGCAGCCGUGGUAAACAGAGCCAUGUGGCCGUCACUCUGUUUGAGGUGGUCACCAUGGGCAAAAGUGCCAUGCAGGCGGUGGUUGAUGAUUGGAUUGAAGCUUACGUGAUGGACAGAGACUCCGCUCUCCUCGAUCUCAUCAGCUUCUUCAUCCAGUGCUCUGGUUGCAAAGGUGUGGUCACAGCAGAGAUGUGCCAGAGCAAAGAGGACAGUGAUGUCAUGAGUAAGAUGGUUGAGCAGCUGGAUGAGGGUGCUGGUCUGCAGUAUAAGAAGUUUUUGGCCUUUCCAUGGAUCCUCACAGUUACGUGGCCAAUGGACACAGACAGUGUGGAGUAUCCUCUGAUCCAGUCUGGUCCGUACGGCCGCUGGUUCCACUCUGAGUUUUGUGACUUUGUGUCAGUGCUGGUGUCUCAGUGUCAGUACAGCGUCAUCUUUGACGGAUACCUGAUGAACGCCCUCAUCUCCCUGCUCACCGAGCUGUCCAAUUCUUACAUACGGGCCUUCAGGCACACCUGCACGCUGGCAGCGGUGAAGUUGCUAAGCUCCCUGGUGGGUGUGGCUCUGAGCCUGAGUGUGGGCAUAGAAAACAGCCAGAAACUGAGUGAAGUGGAGAAAACAAAGACGUCAGGACAACAGGGCACGCCCCGCCUGGAGAAAAUACAGAAGAAGGUCACUGAGCUGCAGGAAAAGAGAUCGGAGAUAGAGAGCAUGAUGGACACCAUCUUCAAAGGAGUUUUUCUGAAGAGAUACCGUGAUGUGCUUCCAGAAAUCCGCUCUAUGUGUAUGGAGGAGUUGGGUGUGUGGAUGAAGCUCUACAGUUCUGCGUUUCUCAAUGAUAGUUAUCUGAAAUACAUGGGCUGGAUGAUGUAUGACAAGAUACCAGAUGUGCGUCUGAAGUGUGUGUUAGGUCUGCAGGGCUUGUAUGGAGAUCCUCUGCUCCUGCCUAAACUAGACCUGUUCUCCAGCCGCUUCAAGGACCGGAUGAUCUCCAUGACCCUGGAUAAGGACAAUGAGGUGGCGGUGCAGGCCAUGAAACUGCUGGUACUCAUCUCCAAGACAUGUGAUGAUGUGCUCAGUUCAGAGGACUACAAGCAGCUGUUCCAGUUUGUUUACUCCUCACAGCGCCCUCUCGCGGCCACUGCAGGAGAACUGCUUUACUCAAGGCUUCUCAACAGCUCAGUGUCUGGGUCUGAUGCUCAAGAUGGAGUGAAUGAGAAGGAUGCACAUAAACAAGAGACAAUAGCCAGACUGAAGGCACUGCUACAGUUCUACCAUGAGUCUGAGCUGCACAAACAUGUGGUUUAUUUAGUGGACAGCCUAUGGGACUGUGGUGGAGAUCUGCUGAAGGACUGGCCUACACUCACAUCCAUACUGCUGCAGGAGCCUUCCCCACAAAACACAGGUCUGACUCGGGCAGAGCAAGCUGUGGUCGUGGAGAUCCUGGUAGCAUCGGUGCGUCAGGCCUCAGAGGGACCUGCACUGGUCGGGAGGAGCGGAGGCAAAAAAGUACUGAGUGCCAGGGAAAAGAAGACUCAGAUUGAUGACUCCACUAAACUCACUGAACAUUUCAUCGUGGUGCUUCCCAAGUUGCUGUCCAAGUUUUCAAGAAGUUGGGACAUGGCUGCCUCCUUGAUGAAGAUUCCUCAGUACUUCCUCGCUGAGUGUCCUGCUGUCGAAGGCACACAGGUAGUGUCAGACCUGACGGCAGAGAUGCGAGCCGUGGUGGAGCUCCACUCAGGCCCUGCCGUUCUGGAGGCUGCUGCCCGCUCGUACCUCAGUCUGUGUGGGGAGGAGAUGGCCUGGCACGCCUCGGCCCGGGCCGCCAGAGACGCCCUGGUCCAGAGCUGGGUCGACCGCCUGACAGCGCUGUUAGGGGACGCGCUGAAGGGCGACAGCUUCUCUGCUGACAUGGAGAAAACCGGAGAGAUUUUAGCCACUCUGAAGAAACUCGGGGCUUUCCACAGUGGUCAUGACCUGUCCCGGUGGCAUCUGUCUGAGCUGUUGUGUCCUCUGCUGUCGGUGGAGAGCGCCCAGGCUGCUGUCCCGCCUCAGAUAAUACUGGAGGUACUGCAGUGUCUGUGUUACUCCAUGCUCUGGUCUCUCAACACGAGUGGAGAAACUUUGACUUCAAGAGAGAAGGCUGUGGCCCAGAGGGUUCAGCUGAGCAUGUUCUGUGAGAAGAGUUAUCGCUGUCUGUCUCAUGCCAACCACUCUGUGAGGGAGCAGGCUUUCCUGGGUGUCUGUGAUGUUCUGACAGCUCACUCCUACCAGCUGCAUGUGUGGGAUCCUGAGUCCUACGGGCCCCUGCUCUACACUCCCAACCCCAAACUGCAGAGGGCGCUGCUCACCUUUAUAUUUGUGCACAUCUUUGUCGGCCCAGAUAGUGAUGGCCAGAGCAGAGUCACUGAAGACUCUGAAGUGGAGAAGUUGGAGGACCUUCACAAGCGAAGGAACCUCCUUGCGGCCUUCUGUAAACUGAUAGUACAUGGGGUGCUGGAGAUGAGCAUGGCAGCUGGGGUCUUCAAGUAUUACAUGAAGUAUUACAAUGACUUCGGUGAUAUCAUCAAGGAGACUCUGUACCGGACCAGACAGAUGGAUAAGAUAGAGUCCGCUCAGACGCUGGUGCUGUGUCUGCAGCAGCUGUUCGCUCUCCUGAAACAGGAGCAGGAGAGCGGCGGCAGGGCUCACCCGGGUGUCCAGACCUUCACCAGCAUCAAGGAGCUGGCCAGGCGCUUCUCUCUCACCUUCGGGGACCCUUUCAAGUUCCGCGAGUCAAUCGUCAUGAUCCACAGGAACGGUAUAGAGUUUGUGUUUCAAGGGUUUGUCCAGACCCCGGAUGUGUCUUCACCGCCGUACCUCUCCUACCUGACAAUCCUCAGCGAGUUCUCCAGUAAGCUGCUCAGACCGGACAAGAAGGCAGUAUACUCGUACCUGCAAAAGCACACUGCAGAGCACAUCAUCAACCUCAGGGAGGAGUGCUGGCAGCCGCUCAUCUACUACCGUGCCUCCCUAUUGGCUGUAGCUGAAGGGGAGGAUGCUGUGUCCUAUGUCAGCUCUGACAGGAGGCCCUACCUGCCCAACCGCUCCCCCUACUACAAACAAAACUCCCUGGUAGAAGGAAACAAGUCUCCCUGCCCGUUCAGCCCCACUGACUCCAGAGGUGGUAAAGGUCAAAGACCCAGCUUCACUGCAAGCACUCAAGAGAAGAAAACUGAGCUGGACGUGUUUUCAGCCGCUGAACUUAAUGCAAAACCGGCGAGGCCAGAGGGAGCCGUCCACAACGUCAGCGAAGAGGUGGAGGACGACUUGGAGGAGAUUGACCUGGAGGUCUGAGGAGGCUCGGUCUGGAUGACACCACUGUGGACAGACUUUUUUGUUUUUUUGCACGUCAACUAUUGUCUGCUCUAUUUCGAUGCACGGACAUCCCUGCAGUCAUUUUUGUAUUUUUCUGCAACACGAGUGGACAUGCAAAUAUUGUACAUAUUUUGUUGAGCAGUAAACAUGUAAAUGUCACAGUAAAUCAUGUAUUUAUAAGCAGACUGCAGUUACAUAAGCAAGUAUAUACAGUAUACAUUUAAAAGAUAUUUCUCUUUGCAGCAAAGUGCAAAGAGAAAUAUCUUUGGUGAUAUACCUGUAAUUGUGACAUGCAUCCAUCGAGUAAAGCAAAGUGAUUCAAAUCCAUGUAGCAAUAAUGGUAGCUACGUUUUUCUGAUGUUUAUGGGCCCACGAACAGAGAACCAAACCAUACAUUCCAGUUUUACGUUGUCCACGGACCACACCCAGGUCCAAGAGUCAUCCGAGUAUCGUUUGGAGAAAACCAGAGAUUUUGCUCAUUAGUUCUGCCUGCUGCUUUCAUUAUUGCUCCUCAAAGGAAAUGCUUGAGUUCAGGUUGACUCAGGUUUUGGCAAACACUGCUAAUGUAUGUAAUGUAAAUAAAUGCUAAUUCAAACACACUCAACUA